CGGAACUCUCUCUCUCUUCACUCUCUCUCUUCUUCUGUGUGUUUGCUUGUGUGUAUCUGUGCUGUGCUGUAGGUGACGAUGCUCUCCGGGGACAUUCCGCCUAAUCAAACUAUCUAUCUAAAGAAUAUCAACGAGAAGGUCAAGAAAGAGGAGUUGAAGAGAUCUCUUUAUGCGUUGUUCUCACAAUAUGGAAGGAUUUUGGACGUUGUUGCCUUGAAAACUGAAAAACUUCGAGGACAAGCAUGGGUUGUGUUUAGUGAAGUGACAUCUGCCAGCAAUGCUGUGAGACAGAUGCAAAAUUUUCCUUUUUAUGAUAAACCCUUGAGGAUACAGUAUGCCAAAACAAAGUCUGACUGUAUUGCCAAAGAAGAUGGUACCUUUGUUCCAAGAGAUAAGAAGAGGAAGAAACAUGAAGAGAAAGUUGAAAGAAAGAAACGAGCUGAGGAAACACAACAAGCAGCAACUACUAAUGGAACCAGAGGAGACAGCAAUGGACGCCCAACGGCGGCUCCUAUGUAUGGAAAGGCUGGUGCAGAAGAAGAUCAUGGUGCGGCACCAAACAACAUCCUGUUCAUUCAGAAUCUACCUCACGAGUCAACGAGCAUGAUGUUAGAGGUUCUUUUCCAACAGUAUCCUGGUUUCAGGGAAGUUCGCAUGAUAGAAGCAAAACCGGGCAUUGCCUUUGUAGAGUUUGACGAUGACUUGCAGUCCUCAGUUGCGAUGCAGGCACUUCAGGGUUUCAAAAUUACUCCUCAUAAUCCCAUGGUUAUCACUUAUGCCAAGAAAUAAAUGGGUUGUUUUUAUGAACUGAAAAUGAUUGAAAGAAUGUUAUUAGACAUUGAAUUUUCUUCCCUUUUCCUUUUUCAACUGUGUAACCAAGACACAGAUUGGGUAGAAAAUACACAAUUAGUAGUUUUGUAUCUUUUCAACACCCAUCAGAGUUUAAUGCAUGGGAAUCUAUCCUGUUAUUGUUUGU